GAUUGUAAACCCAAAAGAAAACCGGGAAAUUUCAGUAUCCUCUUUUACUCGACUUCUUGGCUAUGUUGUGUGUGUUUUCUUUUCUUUGAGUUCGGAACGUUCUUAAUCUGAAAGAAGGAAUUGUGGUUGUUUCUGUUCACGGAAAUGGAACAAAAACGCAAAAUUGGUGGUGAAAGAAUGAAUGAGGACAUGAUCAGUGAGUUACCUGAAGCUUUGCUCCUGCAUAUACUGUCUUCAGUUCCAACAAAAGAUGUCAUAGCCACUAGCGUUUUGUCUAAACGGUGGAGAUCUCUUUGGAAGAUGGUGCCAAAUCUCAAACUUUACUUUAAUAUGGAAUAUUACUCUUCAGAGGAUGUUUACAGGUUGCUGAAUUUGCAUAAAGCUCCAGUCCUGGAAAGUUUGCAUUUGUCCAUUGAAGAUAAAAGUGCUCGUUUGGAUAUUGGAAUAUUGAUUGGAAUCGCAUUUUCACGCCAUGUGCGUGAAUUGGUGUUGGAUCACUACCGUGAGGAUGAAACGACAGUCAGGUUUCCGAGUGUACUGUGUAGCUAUAACAAUACACUUGAGGUUUUAAAGCUCACCCAUGACUUUCUUUUAGACUUCCCUUCUCGGGUUUGUUUCGAUGCCCUUAGAGAGCUGCAUCUUUACCACGUGCAAUUCAAAGAUGAAGCAUCUGUUUGCAACCUUUUAUCUGGCUGCCCUAGGCUUCAAGAUUUGGUUGUGGAACGAUUUAGCAAUUUUGAUGUGGAGACUUACACUAUUGCUGUUCCAUCAUUACAGAGGCUUACCAUAGAAGAGGAAUAUAAUAUCUCAGAUGUAGAUGGUGGAGGCUAUGUGAUAAAUGCACCAUCUUUGAAAUGCUUGAACAUCAAAGGCCUCUGUUUUAAUGACGUCUGUCUGAUUGAGAACGCGCCAGAGCUUGUGGAAGCAAAGAUCGAAGAUGUUUCUGAUGUAGACAAUGAAAACAUUCUUGCGUCUCUAACUUCAGCCAAGCGUCUUUCCUUUUACUUUCCCUUAGAGAUUAAGUAUCCUAUUGGAACCAUCUUCUAUCAGCUGGUAUCUUUGGAGCUACAUAUACAAGGAACAAAUGGGUGGAAUCUAUUUUCAUUCAUGCUCGAUAGCUCUCCUAAAUUGCAAUCCAUCAAACUCGACAGCCCAUAUCGCGGAGACUGUCCGGUGGGGUGGGAAUGGAAUCAGCCGAAACGUGUACCAGAAUGUCUGUUGCUCCAUCUGGAGACAUUGGUGUGGAGAGGAUACGGAUGGGGACGAGAAGAUGAGAAACAAGUGGCCACAUACAUCCUCAAGAACGCUAGACAGUUGAAGAAAGCAACUUUCACUGAGUCGAAAAUGGAAAAGAGGAGAGAGAUGCUCAACGAGUUGGCUAAUGUAGUUAGAGCGUCAAAGUCAUGUCACCUUGUGUUCUAACCAGAUGAUCUCUAGACUUAUAUCUUUAGUUCUUUGCUCUUAUUUUUUUUAUCAGACUUAUGAUAAGAUUUAGCAUCUUAAUUACCUUUCUCGUUUUUAUGAUUCGAAAUUCUUAUUUAUGUGAAAGCUUUGAUUCGAGAUGCUAAGUAUUCUAUUUCGUUUA